UGGAAAGACAUGCCCAUGGAAAUGGGGAAUGUUACAAAUGUCCAAGAAUUCAUCUUGGAGGGGUUUCCUGCCAUCCAGCACCUGGGAAAGGUCCUCUUCCUGGUGCACCUGCUGGCAUACCUGGCAUCCAUUGUAAGCAAUGCUGUCAUAGUCACCAUCACCUCUGCUGACUCCCGGCUCCACACACCUAUGUACUUUUUCCUCAGCAUUUUCUCCUUCUUGGAGUGUGGUAUCAUAAGUGCUGUUAUUUCUAAGUUGCUGGUCAUCUUUCUCUUAGGCAAGCAAACCAUUUCCCUUCCUGCCUGUUUCAUACAGGCAUUUGUCACUGUAUUUCUGGGAUCGGCAGUUUUUUUCCUCAUAGCAGUGAUGUCUCUGGAUCGGUAUGUGGCCAUUUGCAAGCCUCUGCAUUACCUGACCAUCAUGAACCUGAAGACUUGCUUCCUCCUGGUCACUGCCUGCUUCGCUUUGGCCUUCCCUCUCAUCACUGGUCUGGUAGUAAAGGUUUCCCAGUUACCCUUCUGUGGCCCCCAUGUCAUCCCCCACUUCUUCUGUGACCUUGCUUAG